AUGCCUAAAGCUGACAAGAACGGCAAGCCACCUGUCAUGGAAUUCAAAAAUUACCACCACAUGACCAAGAUGCCCAUCGUCGUUUAUGCGGAUUUUGAAGCCCUGCUAGUACCCAUCUCAUCAUGCCAGCCGGACCCCCAGCAAUCAGGCACCUAUGCAUAUCAAAAACAUGAAGCAUACAGCUAUUGUAUCUAUGUAAAGGUCGACAAUAGCGCGAUCCCAGCCACGCUCACCGCCUCGCUGCCACAAGAGCCGAUGCUAUACAGGGGGCCCGAUGCUGAAGCAAAAUUCGUGGAGGACAUAGUCGAUAUUGGGAAUCAGGUGAAGGAAAUAUACCAGACCAGCCUGCCCAUGACGCCGCUGACGGCUCAAGAGAAUGCCAGAUUCACCGCAGCCCAACAGUGCUGCUACUGUAAUGCGGCAGUGUGGAACAAGUUCGGCUGUGUGACCCUGGGCGAGUACAGCGACAUAUAUUUAAAGACGGACGUGCUGCUUCUUGCAGACGUUUUCGAGAACUUUCGUCAGCUCUGUCUCGACACGUACGGGCUUGACUGCAGCCACUACACUCUCUCCGAGAAAGACCUAAAACAGGAGAAGCUCACACUGUGUCGGGACUACCCCUUGUGGUUGAAGUCUUCAGAACAUCCCAACGGCCGGUCUACGGGACAGAGUCCCCCAGAGCCACAGUGCCCCACUGGCUGCAUCGCGAAGGGCAUGGGGCUGGUGGCGGGCGUGCAGGGCCGCAGGGCCACAUUCUACAUCUACCCCAGGCACCCGAGGAUCCCAUCGGAGUUAGGCGUCACGGUCCAAGGGCCAUCCGGGGAUUUUGGAUCCGCCACGGUGCCACUCCGCCCAGGCGCUGCUUCUCGCCCGGGCUCAACCUCCACCGGGUCUUCUCCAUCCUGCCGGAACUCCAUCCCAGUGCAGUACCGCAUCGGCAGUGGCCACGUGCGGGUCACAUUCACACCCAGGAGCUGCGGGCACCACGAGCUGAGGGUCACGCAGGAUGGUGCUCACGUGGUCGGGUCGCCAUUCAGCGUCCACGUCGAGAAACCAGAGCACAAUGGUAAGACAACGCCUUGGAGAAGUUCCUCGGAGGACGAGGAUGACGAGAAGAAAGUCAGCAGGAGGAGGAUUCGCGUACUCCUUAGGGUCGUGGAUUUCGUGGGGGAGAAGAUGCUGCUCACAGAAGAUGGUAAACUUGAGAGGGUGUGCUCUAUCGAGGCGCUAUACAGGGCUACAAGGCAAGAGAACACAUCGCCAGAAGGUGCAUCACCGGAAAUAUUAUCUGAAUCCACACAAGACAGCAUGACCAAGCUUCUCGAGGAACCCUCUUCGACUUCUCUGGGCCGAAAUGAUAUUAAGCUUCGGGAUAUUGAAGUUCAAGAUUCGCCUGUCAACUAUGAUUUUCAAGAAGACGACUAUGACAACUUGAGCUAUGGAGCAGGGGACUCUGACUAUGUCAGCCUAGAUGAUGUACGGGGAUCCUUGCAGCAGAGUUCAGAAGACGAGACUCGAAGUGUGAGCAGUUCCCAAAAGCGGUACCGAUAUGGAGAAAGCAGUUGUUCAAAUGCCAACAUCGACGGCUGGAUGGGACCAGCUGAACUCGAGAUUUGGGGCAUCCGUGAUGCCGAAGAGAACAAACGGCUGAGCCAUAACUCAUCAUAUGCUUCGAAAAGACCGCAGACAACAAUGCCUUCUUCCAGGCAGUACUCUCGAUAUAACUCCAACAUGACCCAUAUGACAUCAAUUACUGAAGAGACUGAUACCUUCAGUUCUAGGCUUCGGAGGCAAGAUGCUUUGUCCAGUGUCACCAGCCAUUCAUUAGUUGUUUAUGGUAAUCAAGAAAAAAUCCAGCCUGAGAAUUCUAGUGAUAUAGAUGGUGGGAUUGGUCAGUUUUCGAUGAAGCAAAAAAUUUUUAUGCAUAAGGAUAAAACAGUUGACCAAGACAAAAAUCAUGUUGAAAAUACACAACAUAACAAAUCAAUUAUUGCAGAUAGUGAGAGUGGGGAAUCUGUUCGUGUUAACAAAGAAUUCACAAAAGAAGAAGAAUGCCCAAAAAUUGAGUUAAUUUGUCGCAAAACAGUAGACAAAUGGGGUGCAUGUGUAUCGUCUAGUAGCAAAUUCCAGGUAGAAAAUGUAACUUUGAAUGGCUCGUUAACAAACACUUCUAGUGCACACAGUACAAUAUAUGCUACAGAUCACCAUCAUUCGAAUACUGAAAGAAGCGAGAUCGUGUUUGCUGUUGGUAGUAACCAUGUAUCAUUAAAAGAAUCGGAUACUAUUUCCAAUUACUGCAACUUUGUAAAUAAAGAGAAUAAAUAUACACAAAGCACCAAAUAUGGCUUAAACAAAGAAACACCAGCAUAUUUUUUACGCAAAGAAAAUAACAACUUCACAAGUACUUUGCAUAAAUCUUCAGAAGACUUUUCUGCAAUUGAAAAUAUUGUGAAAGCAGAUGAAAAGCCUAAUCCACUUCUUCAGGAACAAAACACAUAUUCUACAUUUAAUUUUGUGGAGAUAAAACCUUAUGCGGAUGAACCAAGCAAUAUAAAUUCAAAUGAAAGUAAACCAUUUGCUAAUUUUCUAAUUGGCAGUGAAUAUACCAAAACACAAAAACUUCUCGAAAAAUUGUGUCAUCCAGAUGGUUACAAAAGUGAACAUGCAAUAACAGCAAAAUUAAUGUGUCCUUGCAAACAAAUAGAGUCAAUCAGCCCAAAAAUAAAAAGACUGGGGAAGUCGUUACAAGAAAAUAUGAAUGUAAAACAUCGUACAAGGAAGCACCCGUCGAUAUUGGUUCCUGGAAUUGUUAGCCGAUGGAGACGUUUAUUUGAAAACAGAACACAGGGCAACAAUUCCAACCAAAGUAGUGUCGAAACAGGAUGGAAAGUUUCAGAUUAUUUUUCAGGAAGUAUCCUGGAUAACAAGAACACUGUAUCGCACUGGAAAACAUUUUGGGAAGAUCUCCUUUACCACAGAAGUACAGUUUCAUCAACAGUCGAUAUUCGGCGGAAGGAUAAAAUGCGCACCACACCUCCAAACCGAAACAUUGGUUUGAACAGCAAAUCAUUAGCAAGGAGAAUAGAGCUUAUCAAAGAAAAGCAGAAAGUAAAUGCGCAAUCGUUCUUCCAAAGCUGUAUCGAUGAGACAACCCACGAAAGACCAUCAUUACUUUGCUUUGCUAUGGACCAGAAAAAAAACAAAAUCAUAUGUCAGAAUGUCACACAGACGGGGAAUAUGUCUUCAAAUAUUGAUGUAUCACUUCAGCAACCACAAGCAAGUCUAUUUAACAACACAGAGAAUUGCAUCGUUGGAAUAUUGAAUGACUCAUUUGAUGUUCAGUGCACCGAAUCUGCAAAACAAAACUUAAAAUUGAGAACUAUGUCAUCCAGUGAAUCAUCCCAAAGAAAUAAUUCUACAUUUCAGAAGGAUCUUAGCAUUGAAGGUGAUGAUAAGCAUAGAGAAAUACAAAUUAAAGCGGAUACAUGUGUUAUUGUAAAUGGGAAUGAAAGACCGAAAUCCUCCUCCUCCCAAAACAUUAAGUCAAAAGCUUUUGCUGUAAAUCAUCAAUCAAAAGACCUCACAUUGCCGAUGAAGCGUAGUGUAGAAGGUGAUGAAAAGAAAGGCGAAACACAAAGUGGAGCGGACAUGGUUGCUGAUGAGAAGAGGAUUGGGAGACUGGUGCUGUACUCGAGCCGCGACCAGCCCAAGCAACCUUCCCUGGAGGAAUACGGGAAGGUCAAGGAGAGAUUCCAUCAAGCGAGGUCGUUCUUCCAGACCUUGGAAGGGUCGGGGAGGGAGCGAGGUCCUGGGAGCCUGUGGGAGGUGUCGCGGGGGGACAUGUGGAGGAACACGCGCCCAAGGAGAAAGAAGUACGGGGCAGUGGCCUCCGACAGCGAGGUCGCCCUCGGAACGAUGGACAGCUCCUCCGAGUCCGAGGCGGGAGGCAGCGAGCGGCGGAAGAAGAGAGUCUCGGAGAGGUUCCACGUCAGGGACCUGUUCCGUGACGUCACGGGUGAGCAGGGCGGGUCCAUCCGGGGUCUGAAGGGCAUACCCAACUGCGAAGCCGUGCUCGCGGCACUUAGGUCCGUCGAGGACGACAACGGCAGCUCGAGGGCUUCCUCGCCCUACGAGGCCCUCGAGGAGGACGGCGACGAGAGAGCAGUACCCGCCACGUCACCGAUACCCGAGUACCAGGCGGAUUACCCGCACCUGCCCAAGACUCCCGCGCGCCUGUACCGGCACAGGACCAACCUUCUGGCGAGCGGGAUCGUACCACGCAAGGAACUGCUCAAGGCCAACGACUAGAGAGCCAGUCAUUCUGCGGUGCAUUCGACCAUUCGACCACGGGCGAACUCCACAGUCCUGCACGUACUCGAAGAUGGUUAACAGUGUAUUUCGUGUAUUUAUUCGCGAAAUUAUUUCGAGAUCAGCUGUGUGUUAAGACACUGUAACAUCGCCCUGUUUCGUGAUUGGUCGAUUCUCUUUUCGGGUACAGGACCACUGUCGGGACACGAUAACGUGAGGACGGAAAAGGGCGGCUCGGCCACAUACGUCAAUGGCUUCUUAUACAGGCGGCCGCCAAUUACAGGGAAUAAACCGUUUGUGAUUUAAAAUGUAUAGCAGUGCCGUGAAAAUAAAUUUUUUUCGCAAACAAUACUCACACAUAUUCAUUGACUACUACUUCAUAAAGACACCAUCUCCGUCUUACUGGUUUCACCUAGUCGAUGGCUACACGAUCACAACUGGUUGGAGACCCCCUCAUUACUUAGUGUGUUUUGCCAACAGUGCUUCCCACGACAAUCAUCCAUGCAUGUCUACGUCUUGGGUGGUAGGGUCAUCAUUGAUAUGACACUUGUUAGAAGGCCUUGAGCGAAUGUUACUGACUAGAUACAUGUAAAAUUCAUGUUAUGUUCUGGCACCUGCCAACUUCAUACUCUGAAAUACAAACAAUCAGUGUGUUUUGUACAUUGGAUGCUCAUAUAUUUUACCUUCUAUCCGCAUCGCUUAGAAUUGGAUAGUAUGAUUUUUUUUUUGUUUCUUUGUGGCUUUUAGUUUUUGAGGUCGUGUCCAAAUGUACAUGAUCCAUUGGAGAAAUCAUUUAAACACAACUAGUUUACGGGAUAUCAUGUCUCCAAAUAUUGACGUGAUUUUGGCAGUUGUCUGGUAAUGAUCAGCCACAUUGUACAAAAUUUCUGUAGGCAAAUAACUAAAAGAAUUUACUACUUUGAAAGUUUUAUUUUAUUCCCAAACUACCCUGCUAAAAGGGACGUAUUUGUUUCAAUGGAUUGUGUGGGUGGAUCCAGAGGUGACUCAAAGGGUGGGCUAUUGUAACCGAUGAGCCUAAAAAAACUAGUUUAUGAACACUGGAUCCUUAUUUCAUCCCUGCCCCCCCCCCCCCCCCCAAAUCGGCCGUCACAUUCUAUACCCUCUAAAAAUAUGGCUACUUUAGAGCUUCCGGAUAUGGUAAUGAUUUUACCAUUGUUUGUCUCACACAUACUAGGCCUUAAGCGUGUAACAGUCAUUUAGCCAACGGUGCGUGAAUCCCCGCGUGGACCUGCAUCAUACGCAGGUUGCUUCUAGCAUGAGCGGUAGUCUAUUAAGGCCCUACCCACCUGGGCCAAACUUCAGAAGAAAA